CUGACAGGCAGGCGGGGGCGGGAGACGCCGCUCUCUCUCUCUCUUUGGUCAGACUCUCUCCUCCCAGCUCCCCAGCUCCAGGCUGGCUCCUACGCUCCCGGCUCCUGGGCUCCCAGGCUGCCAGUGCCUGGCGGUGCCGGAGCCCUUUCUCUCAGCCUUGGCGAAGCGGGUGGGCGGCAGGCCGCAGGAGGCGGUGUCGUGGAAUCUACUGGCAGUCCGCAGCCCCGAAGAGCCUGGAGGCCGCCCUGAUGGAGCCGCAGCUCCCGGUCGGAGCUCAGCCCCUGGCAAAAGUGGAGGGCUUGGAGAUGAAGGGUCCCCUCCGGGAGCCCUGCACCCUGACCCUAGCCCAGAGGAAAGGGCAAUAUGAGUUAAUAAUCCAGUUGCAUGGGAAGGAACAGCAUGUUCAAGAUAUCAUUCCUAUAAAUAGACACUUCAGAUGUGUUCAAGAAGCAGAAGAAACUCUUUUGAUUGAUAUUGCUUCGAACAGUGGCUGCAAAAUUCGGGUACAAGGAGACUGGACCAGAGAGCGCCACUUUGAAAUUCCUGAUGAAGAACAAUGUUUGAAGUUCCUCUCAGAGGUCCUUGCAGCUCAGGAAGCUCAGUCACAGCUUCUUGUUCCAGAACAAAGAGAUUCAUCUAGCUGGUACCAGAAAUUAGACACUAAGGAUAAACCUGCUUAUUCAGGCCUGCUUGGAUUUGAGGAUAAUUUUUCAUCUAUGAAUUUAGAUAAAAAAAUGAAUACACAAAAUCCCCCCACAGGGGUUCAUCGGGAACCACCCCCUCCACCUCCUUCAGUGAAUAAAAUGCUUCCACGGGAAAAGGAAGCUUCAAGCAAAGAACAGCCCAAAGUGACCAACACCAUGCGAAAGCUAUUUGUACCAAGUACCCAAUCUGGGCAGCGAGAGGGUCUCAUCAAACAUAUCCUUGCAAAACGGGAGAAGGAAUAUGUCAACAUCCAGUCUUUCAGAUUUUUUGUUGGCACUUGGAAUGUGAAUGGCCAGUCUCCAGAUAGCAGCUUAGAACCUUGGCUGAACUGUGACCCAACUCCUCCUGAUAUUUACUGCAUUGGAUUCCAGGAGCUGGACUUGAGCACAGAAGCUUUUUUCUACUUUGAGUCGGUAAAAGAGCAAGAAUGGUCCAUGGCUGUGGAAAGGGGUCUGCCUUCGAAGGCCAAGUAUAAAAAAGUUCAGUUGGUCCGCCUUGUGGGGAUGAUGCUUCUCAUCUUUGCUAGAAAAGAUCAGUGUCGAUAUAUCCGUGAUAUUGCUACAGAAACAGUUGGAACUGGAAUCAUGGGGAAAAUGGGAAAUAAAGGUGGUGUAGCUGUGAGAUUUGUAUUUCACAAUACCACUUUCUGCAUUGUUAAUUCCCACCUGGCUGCCCACGUGGAAGAGCUUGAAAGAAGGAAUCAGGAUUAUAAAGACAUCUGUGCAAGAAUGAGUUUUUCAGUCCCCAAUCAGGCUGUCCCACAGCUGAACGUAAUGAAGCAUGAUGUUGUCAUUUGGUUGGGAGAUUUGAACUACAGACUUUGCAUGCCUGAUGCCAAUGAGGUGAAAAGUCUUAUUAAUAAAAAUGACCUUCAGAGGCUCUUGAAAUUCGACCAGUUAAACAUUCAGCGCACACAGAAAAAAGCUUUUGUGGAUUUCAAUGAAGGGGAAAUCAAGUUUAUUCCCACUUACAAGUAUGAUUCUAAAACUGACAGAUGGGAUUCCAGUGGGAAAUGCCGAGUUCCAGCCUGGUGUGACCGAAUUCUUUGGAGAGGAAUAAAUGUUAAUCAACUUCAUUACCGGAGUCACAUGGAACUCAAAACUAGUGACCACAAACCUGUUAGCGCCUUGUUCCAUAUUGGGGUGAAGGUUGUGGAUGAACGGAGGUAUCGUAAGGUCUUUGAAGAUAUUGUACGCAUUAUGGACAGAAUGGAAAAUGACUUCCUUCCGUCAUUAGAACUUAGCAGGAGAGAGUUUAUGUUUGAGAAUGUGAAGUUUCGGCAGCUGCAAAAGGAGAAGUUCCAGAUCAGCAACAAUGGACAGGUUCCCUGCCAUUUUUCUUUCAUCCCUAAACUUAAUGACAGCCAAUACUGCAAGCCAUGGCUUCGAGCUGAACCUUUUGAGGGCUACUUGGAGCCAAAUGAGACAGUGGACAUUUCCCUUGAUGUAUACGUCAGCAAAGACUCUGUAACCAUCCUGAACUCAGGUGAAGAUAAGAUUGAAGAUAUUCUUGUCCUGCAUUUGGAUCGAGGCAAAGAUUACUUCUUGACCAUCAGUGGGAAUUACCUUCCAAGUUGCUUUGGUACUUCCUUAGAGGCUUUGUGUCGAAUGAAAAGACCAAUCCGAGAAGUCCCUGUCACCAAACUCAUAGACUUGGAAGAAGACAGCUUCCUAGAAAAGGAAAAGUCCCUUCUGCAGAUGGUACCCUUGGAUAAAGGUGCCAGUGAGAGACCCCUUCAAGUCCCCAAGGAGAUCUGGCUUCUAGUAGAUCACUUAUUCAAAUAUGCAUGUCACCAGGAGGACUUGUUCCAAACCCCUGGGAUGCAGGAGGAGUUACAGCAGAUCAUUGAUUGUCUGGACACCAGCAUUCCUGAGAUAAUCCCUGGCAGUAACCACUCUGUGGCUGAAGCACUGCUCAUUUUCCUGGAAGCCCUGCCAGAGCCAGUCAUCUGUUAUGAGCUGUAUCAGCGAUGUCUUGACUCUGCUCAUGAUCCUCGGAUCUGCAGACAGGUAAUUUCCCAGCUUCCAAGAUGCCAUAGAAAUGUUUUCCGCUACUUGAUGUCAUUCCUUCGUGAACUCUUAAAAUUCUCUGACUACAACAAUGUCAGUGCCAACAUGAUCGCUACUCUCUUCACUAGCCUUCUUCUGAGGCCUCCACCAAACCUCAUGGCAAGACAGUCUCCAAAUGACCGCCAGCGUGCCAUCCAGUUCCUUCUGGGCUUCCUGCUUGGGAGCGAGGAAGACUAAGUCUCUGCCUGUGUGAGAUUCUAGAGGAGGAAGACCUUGGGCUCUGAGUAUUUCAGAAUGAUUUGAAAAGUCAUAACACAGAAAGGGUCUAUUGCAGGAUCUUUUAAGUUCUGUUAGUAGUACAAAGGGAAGAGUUUCCUAAUCCCUCCUUACCAUUUCUACUACACAGCAAAAUCCUUUUAGGUACAUAUUGGCAAGCCAAAGUUACCAUAUUUUGGUGUUUUGUGUUUACUCUGUAAAGCAAAGAAGUCUGCACUCCUUUACCUAAGAAUAUGUUUUUACCCUACUUCCCAGUUAUCAUGAUCAUCUUUAAUACCCUAAGCCUAGAUUGUGAGGCAUUCCACAAUUUUAGGCCUACAAGCACUACUUGCUGUAGCUCAGACUUGUCUGUAGUCCUUUGAAUAAUGCACUUUGAAUCCACCCUCUCCCCAUGUGACUACUUUGCACUCUUCUUUCAUUCAUGUUAUCACUUUGAAGAAAGCCUGGAUGAGGCUAGUGACUCCGUGGGUGUCCUCAACAGAAGUUCACUGUCCACAUGUGAUUGUUACAUGCCUUUGUGCAUUUCUACUACAAUGAUGUCUAUGUGUCACUGUAACAGUGGCCUUCUUGUGGCUCCACACUUGGUGGAACCAUAUGCCAUUGUCUCAGAUCAUGUUUAGUUACAUAAUUUUAUGGCCUAUAGAGAUGGCAUCCCACCAAUGUGAGAAUAUCACAAUAGCGAGGAAAGCACUGUGAGUAUUUCAGGAGUAAAAAUGUCCAUGUGUAGCAGGCCCUGCUUCCUACUCCCCUUUACCUAUUAGCAUCCACACUUGACAUGAGCAAUCCUGAAUGUUGGGUGACCCAUAUUCCACUAGAAACCCACUCCCAGAAUAAUGUAUGCAUCCACUCAAAAAAGUGAGGCCCCAUGGAGCCUUCGCUGCCCCCAAACCAAAUAUUGAAGGUAACCCUUUGAACCCUUUCUUCUAUCUUCUGAAGUAUCAGAAGAUACUUUCCCUCUCUCAUCAGGGCUGACUCUGGACUCCACAUCUGGUUCCUUCAAGUAAAGAAAGACUGGUCUUGGCUCCUAGUCACAGUAUCCAGUGCCAUAAAGAGAGACUGAUAAGUGGGAUCAGCCACACACAUUACCUCUCACACCUGAAGCCCCUCUGUGAGGUUUCAUUUUAUUCAAGCUUGGUGGGAUAGACAAACUUUUUAAAAACUAUUUUGUGAUUGACAAACAAGCCACUGACUUCAGACUGCAAAACUGCCUGGUGAAAUUGGCUUGCUUGGUUUCAUUCACCAAAACCAACCCAAGUCAUCUCAUUCCUGCCCAUUAACAGUGGAUGUAAGGAGUUUGUAUAGGCUGUGUGUACAAUCUUGGGUCCUGAUUCCAUGACUCUUGUAGCAUCCCAGGAGAGGGCCAGGAAAACAUCCACCAUCAAAUGAUUUUCCAGCUGCCUCACCUCUUCAAAAUUGAGCUCUUUGGAGAACAAAAAGUAUGUAUCCUGCAAUAGACUAGUUAAGCCCUUAUGCAAGCUGGGAAAUAAGAGUCAAAGUAUUGGCGCCAACUCGCUGAAGAUCCAAUUGGGUCAACAGUUGGCUAAUAAAAGACUGAGAACAGAAGAAUUUUGUCAUAUCUAUUAGGCCAGAAAGUAGUCACUGAAGAAAUAGAUGAUAGGAGCUGGGGCAAGGUGUUCCACAGGGAAAUGCUUCUCCAUGCCCUUUUUAUAAUUCCUUGCCAACCUUGGGUCUUUUGAAGAGCAAGCAUAUGGUUAGUGGGGGCUAUGUGGAGCAUGCAUGUAGUGUUUUUCCUUCAUCAGGCCAAAGCACCAAGUUGCUUCACUGCCUCAACCUUUUAUCCACCUUGAUCUGGAAUACAUAUAGGGUAGAGGGUUGUAGACACUCUCCAAGUAGUGAAUACAAAACCUAUCAGCUGGAAGAAACCUGCUUCCCUGCCCUGCCUAUCCUGCACCUCAAUCUCUAAUUUCUAAUUCCUUCAAGGUACUAUUUCAGAGUUCCUCCAAAUUAAAGAUUUUAAAUUCAACUGGUAGGGAAAGACUCUGCACCUAGCAUCUUAGGGAAGAAAUUAUUCAAAUCUUUUGGAUGAUGUUGCAUUAGUUUCCCUUUCACCAUUUUCUGAUUCUUAAUCUGUAUCUGUAGUUCUUUGUUAUAUUUCACAAAAAUGUCUUGGUCACUAAGCAAAGCUGCUAGUGGGAUUCUGUAUUUUGUGUUAUCUUUUUAUUAUAAUUUAUUGCAGUUUUCUGAAUAAAUAUAUGUUGUGUGAAAAA